AUGAGGACUUUCCCCAUGUUUCAUUAAGGGCAGCUGUUUGUGCCAUCUCCACGCAAUACACUGGUUCAUUGCCUAUGAGAGUUUAAGAAGCCUCGGCUAGGCUGUAAACAGCACCACAAUAAACAUGGCUCAACAGAGGGGAGUCAACAGCCUUCAGUUCAACCAGGAUCAGAGUUGUUUCUGUUGUGCUAUGGAGACAGGUGUUCGGAUUUAUAAUGUCGAACCUCUCAUGGAAAAAGGACACCUAGAUCACGAGCAAGUCGGCAGUGUCGCGCAGUGCACCAUGCUACAUCGUUCAAACCUUUUGGCGAUUGUUGGAGGCGGUGUCAACCCUAAAUUUUCCGAGAUCUCCGUGUUGAUCUGGGAUGACGCUCGGGAGGUCAGAGAUGCUAAAGACAAACUUGUCCUGGAGUUCACAUUCACCAAGCCUGUGUUAGCUGUGCGAAUGAGACACGACAAAAUCAUCAUUGUCUUAAAGAACAGGAUCUACGUAUACAGUUUCCCAGACAACCCAGUUAAGCUGUUUGAGUUUGACACCCGAGACAACCCAAAAGGUCUGUGUGACUUGUGCCCCAGUUUGGACAAACAGCUACUGCUUUUCCCAGGGCAUAAGUGUGGCAGUUUACAGUUGGUGGACCUUUCAAACACCAAGCCAGGCACAUCCUCAGCCCCUUUCACUAUAAACGCCCAUCAGAGUGAGAUCGCCUGCCUGGCGCUCAACCAGCCUGGCAGCGUGGCCGCCUCAGCAUCCCGCAAAGGCACCCUAAUCCGACUGUUUGACACCACCACUCGAGAUAAACUGGUGGAGUUACGAAGAGGGACAGACCCUGCCACACUUUACUGCAUCAACUUCAGCCACGACUCCUCCUUCCUGUGUGCGUCAAGUGACAAAGGCACUGUGCACAUCUUCGCUCUUAAAGACACCAGACUGAACCGCCGCUCUGCGCUGGCCCGCGUGGGGAAGGUGGGGCCUGUCAUUGGGCAGUAUGUGGACAGUCAGUGGUCUCUCGCCAGCUUCACCGUGCCUGCUGAGUGUGCCUGCAUCUGUGCGUUUGGAAAGAACACCUCCAAAAAUGUCAAUUCUGUCAUUGCCAUAUGUGUUGACGGAACAUUCCACAAAUAUGUCUUCACCCCCGAUGGGAACUGCAACAGGGAGGCGUUUGAUGUGUACCUCGACAUCUGUGACGACGAUGACUUCUGAUCCUGAACAGAACCAAGAAUUAAAUCUGCAGCAAAUAUUACAGUAAACAUGUUUGACGAGGACAAGCGAUGGUCAUUUCAGAAAGUUCAAGGCAUUGUAAUAGAACGUCCUGAUGGGAUUAGAAAACACUUGAGAUUAUGUCCUUUAAUCACUUGUAUGCAAGUUAUUAUGCUUCAUUCUCCUGCCCUAAAUAUGUAGAAUAAUUUGUGU